CUCUCCUUCAUGAUCACUUCUUCAAUCGCAAAUCACGAUUGACUAUCCAUGACGGUUUGCAGAUAAUUACGCAGGUCGCAUCACUGAGCCAAGCCCGCGAAAUCUCCCAUCCGUUUGGGGGCUUAUAGUCACGAGUGCAGGCACCCGACGAAGAAGCAGGGGGCGGGGAGCGGGGCACGCAUUGGUGCACUUUACGACCUCUCGCGAUGCUUGGCACUACCGACCUGUGCGGUCAGCUUUUUCGCCUACGAAAUCCCAGCUAUCGCGGAGCUUUUUGUUGGCUGUGCGAGCAAUGUCCUCGCACUGGGCCAUCGCAACGCAGGAGCAUCGUAUCGGCUGGGAGUGCAAGGUCGGGGCAAAGUGGAGGGAAGCAAGGAGUUGGAACACGCUCUGACUACGCUCCAGCUCAGAAUCAGCUAGGCAGCAGACUGUAUCUGGCUGCUGAGUCUGAGCGGCAAGCUUUGUGCACUGAGCUUCAACCCUACCCUCUUCGGCUUCGGCCUCGGCCUCGACCAAGCCAUCGACAGCUAUGCACAUCCGCAUCCACCUCCACCCACGCCCCCUCCUCCCUCCAUCACCUAUCAUCCGCUGCAUCAUCGCACUCAGCACAAGCACACUCCGACUCGCUCGCGCGACACGUAUCGCAAAGCGCCCGUCUUCCGCUCUUCCGAAGCAAACAAGAAGAUGUACGAUUAUUGUGUACGCCUCAACAAUUCUACAAUGAGGUGCUGGGGAUGAUCAGUUCUGCCAAGGAGGAAGUCACGCUUGCGAGUCUAUACCUGGGCAGCAACGAGGGUGAAAUUGUAGAAGCCCUACGUACUGCCUUGACGCUCAACCCUCGUCUACGGGUCACAUUCCUACUAGACUAUCAACGCUCCACUCGCGAAGGUCGCUACGUGUCCUCAGACGCUCGCUCGCAAUCAGCAGCUUCCUUACUAUCGCCCUUGGUACGAGACUUUGGAUCGAAGCGGGUGAAUGUGAGAUUGUAUAGAGCUCCGGGGCUGAGCAAGUGGAUGGAGAGGUUGGUAGGAAAGAGGCUGGUUGAAGGGUGGGGAUUGCAGCACGUCAAGAUUUACCUCGCGGACGGCAGGGCUCUGAUCAGUGGCGCCAACCUCUCGGCCGACUACUUCACAAACAGACAAGAUCGAUACGUUCACUUCGAUCAAGCUCAUGCGCAAGGUCUCUCGCUUUACCUACGCUCCUUGGUGCGCAUCAGCGAAAAGUACUCGUACUCUCUGCGCUGUAUGGAGCCUAGGCGGAAGGAGAGCUCAGAAGCGAGACCAAAUCCCGAUCCACGCUUAAGCUCGGACGUCGAGUCAGAUGCAGAUGAGAAGACUUUGGGCCAUCAAGCACAAAGGUUGAGGCUGAGGAGAGAAGUGCGGGCAGAGCAUGCGCCUUAUGAGGUCAUUUGGACUGGGCGGCCGGGCUAUCUAGAUGAUGCGCCUGCGGAUGUUUCGAGGGGAGUGAACAAGGUGGAGGAGAAGAAUUGGUCCGCUUUGGCCAAGGCGGAGAUUGUUCAGUUCAAUCAUGAAUGGUUUGACAAGACUUCAAAGCAGCUUCGUGCUUCAGGCGAGCGAGGGGACGAGAUUGCGAUCGUGCCGCUGGUGCAGAUGGCACCAUUGGGCAUUCGAGACGAGACUCGUUUUGUGCAUCUUUUGCCCGAGUGGAUGGAUCGAUUGGCCAUCUCUUCUCCCUCUUCCUCUUCAUCUUCUGCUCCCACGCCAGCGCGAGGCAUGUCCUUGACGCUGACGAGCGGAUAUUUCUGCCUCUCUCCAAGCUGGACACGAACCAUCCUGCGGCUAUCUCGCAGUUUCAAGGUGGACAUCCUGGCCGCCUCUCCGCGCUCCAAUGGAUUCUUCGGCUCGAAAGGGAUCAGCAGACAUUUACCACCAGCGUACACUUUUUUGGAGUGGUUGUUUUGGAAGAGAGCCGAGAGGGAGGGAGUGCUUGGGGAGCUGAUGGAGGGAGAAGAGAAGGGAGUGCGGAUGAAGGAAUGGACUAGACAUGGUUGGACUUAUCAUGCGAAAGGGAUUUGGUUAUCCCGCGAUGCAAAUACCGAUCCCUUCGUCACUCUGAUCGGAUCAUCCAAUUUUGGCAAUCGAAGCGACGCACGAGAUUUGGAAUGCACCUUGCUCGUCGAAGAUCUUCAAGCGUGUCAUUUGGAUGCUGGGCCGCUCGCUCGCCCUACGAAAUCUUUGGCGCUGGAAGAUGCGGAGCCGCAAGAGAUCGAGAGGGAGAGAAAGAGCAGCUCCUUGUCGAGCAGCUUAUCGAACGAGCUGAAGAGUCUGGAGCUGUACGCUACGGAUCAAGUUUCUCAGGAGCUCUUUGAGAGAAGAGAGAGAAAGGUUCAUUGGGGAGUCAAGCUGACGACUAGAUUGAUCAGAGGACUUUUGUAACAUUUUCGAGAAAUCUUCUCGGGCUUGAAUAAGAUAAGAAAGACGGUAGUGGGCCCGAGAGUACCCUCUUUGGUGAAGAGGUGUGUAUUGGGGGUAUGCGAAUAUACCUGUUGCGAUGGCGA